CCCGCCCGGCGCGGCCCUUCCCGCGCGCCGUACGCGGCGCUGUCCAACAUGGCGGCCAAGGUGGCAAAGCUGGCAGCUGUUUCUUCUGGGCUGCCAUUUGUAUAUAUUACUGUAUAUGCAGCAGCAGCAAAGGAAUCCAAAAGUCAGCUGGUGAAGCCAGAUAAGCUCCCCAUUUACAGUGCUCCCCCCCUGAGGUCCAGGUACAUGGAGGAGCAGCCUGGGCUCCUGCAGCAGCAGCUCUCAGCCCUGCGGAGAACGACCCAACACUACUUUGGGUGGUGCCAGAGUGUCUAUGUCUUUGUUAAAAAUGGAAUCAUGAGUUCAAUUCAGUUUGGACAAGAUGCUUAUGUUUACCUGAACAACCCUCCCCCAGAUUUUCUUCCCAAAGCUGCUGUAAUUACAGUGUCAGGCCUGGCUGGUUUAGUGCUGGCAAAAAAAGGUUCUAGAUUUAAGAAAAUUGCUUAUCCAUUGGGACUUACUACUGUAGGAUAUUCUGUUUGUUACCCAGCUCAGUCAGUGGUCAUUGCUAAGGUAACAGGGAAAAAGUUACUUUGUGCAAGUCAUGAGACCUAUGAGGCUGUGAGGUCACUGUGGGCAGACAAGGAAACUGCCACCAAGCUGCAGCAAGAGUCAAAACCAAUUAUGCAAGAAGAUAAGAAAAAGAAGGGAAUUUCUAGUACCAAACCUGAGUCUGCUGUUGAGUCAAGAUCAUUUAACAGAACAGAAUCUUCUCCAGCAGAGUCUUGGAGUAAUGAAGAUCCAGUGCCUUCAUCAGGAACAGUGAAGACAUCAAAAUUUAAGGCUGAUCCAAAACUUACAGACCAUGGUCAGUCCAGCCCAGAAGAUGCAGACAUGUACAGCACCAGGAGCUAAGCCAAGUCUCCUUUACAAACUGCAAAAUGUUACAGGGGGAGGGAAGAAGGGAAGGAAUAAUCUUUACAAUACAUACUCUGUAAGGUAUAAUUUCAUCAGAUCUUUUCUUAUCUCCAGUUUGUAUUAUUGACUUACAUGAUUCAUUUAAGUGCUUAUUUUGUUCCUGACUCCAUAUAAGCAGUGGGAAUUCACUCAGUGUCAUUAGUGAGACACUGAGAAAACAAGAUUUGUCAGUGUCUUCUCCCAGUGGGGCUUCUCUGUGCCAAACUUGCUAAUAAAUGUCACUUCACAAAGGAUAUUUGAAAAUGCAAACAUA